AUGGGUAUUAUAUCUAGUAAAGAUACAAGACGUAUAAGUUUUGAUAAUACAUUUGCUAUGACUCCUGCUCUUAUUCCAAAAUCUUUUGAAGAUGCUGAAGAUAUUUUGGUAAUUGACGAUUUUGAGAAGAACUCACCAUCCGAUUUAAAUUACAAAGAUCCCAGCAGUCGCUUGAUUGACUUACGAGAUGAGGAUUUUGAUUAUUGGACUCAAAGAAUAGAAUCUCUCAAGAAUGAUCAUCAAGAAAUAAGUCACAUUAUUGAGCAGGAGUAUCAAAAGACUAUCGAUAAUACUUACAAACUAAUCCAUCCACCAAAAAUAACACAAGAAAAAAUACAGAAGAUCAAACCCUGUUUCGAUUGGCAAGCUAAGAUAUUACAGUGUUAUGAAGAUAAUCCUCGGCAACCACUAAUGUGUUCAGCUGUAGUACAAGCUUUCACUAUAUGUGUAUCAUCGUGUCAACUUGAAGAUUAA